AAGGCCGGGACUGGCGUAGCGCGCGCGCGGAGGAAAGGCCGCCGCGAAGACGUCGGGUCGUCCCGCGCCGCUCGCGAAAAAAGGCGGUGCCUCCGAGUUGCCAACUCCACAAGAACCCGGGGCGCCUCCGUUGCCGGCCGCUGUUGUGUGGCUCUGCCGUCGCGCGGCGCAGCACGACGACGACGACGACGAGGCUCGGAACCGCCGCUGACACGGUGCUCGGCUUCCCCUCCUCCCCAUUUCGAGGCACAGCUGAAGCGCCACCCUGUGAAUCGUGCGCGCGUGCGGUAUCGGCCAGGUUUCUCAAAUGCGUGCUGUACAGAAACCACGACACUCGUCGGUGAAGCAAGACCAGUGAGCCGAAUGGAGCACGGAAAGCGGGGAUAACCGCGGAAAACUGUUCCGAAGCUGCGUUCAAGGAGCACGACGAGACAGACAAAAAAGGUCGCGUGUUCGCUGUAGCCGAAGCUCCCGAGAAACUCCGAAACUUCGCCUUCGUCGAAGUGCGUGCGCCCGACGCGCACGGGGCUGUCGCUAGCUCUCCACUGUCGGAAGCAACGAGUCGGCGCUCGCCCUCCGCCCGGUACGGGCGGCAACACCAGCCGUGUACCCAACCGUGCCCCCGGGGCUCGACUUUGGCUGCGGAAGCGGCGAAGAAUGCCGCGCAAGCGGCGCGAGUUAUGAGGUGGGCGGCGGCGGGGGCCGACUGAAGUGAUCGGCGCCGGAGAGGCGGCGAGGUUUUAGCGGUGCGCGGUGUGCGAGCACGGCCGCCACGACGAAGCACGAGGGCGGCUCGUCGCUCAACUGGGACUGCAUGGCAGCCAUCAUGAACGGCGGCAAGCAGCCGGCCUCGAUGCCGCUGCCGCCGCACCUGGGCUCGGCGGCGGCCGGCUCCUGCUUCUCGGGACGAUACUCGCCCACGUACCGAGCCGCGCCCCCAGACCCCAUGCGGGCCAGGCACUGCGCCAUGGCCGCCAACGCCGCCGCGGCGCCAGCAUCACGUGGUACGUCAACUUGGGAGAAAGCAACUGGCCUAUAUGGUCAGAAAUCUAAUGGCGAGUUCAUGGUUAAGACCGAAACAGACUCAUGGACCUCUAGGAAACUUCAGCUAAUGGACGAUGCCAUGCCGGAAGCGGAAGCUCACAAUCGACGGUGGCGCUGCUUGGCUGCAGCGCCACGGUUCCACUACGCGGAUAUGUCCUCCGGGCCCGAAGACCCGGACAACCGAUAUCGGAUGCAGAACCUGGGCAACUUCUUUCCCGGCCUUGAAGAAGCCGGCCUGAUGGGCCGCGCCGAAGCGCUCGUGGACAUCAGCAAACACUCUCCCCCAACGGGCGCCGCGGCAGGGCUACCCAUCCGGCAUGACAUGAUGUACCACGCGAUGGGGCCUCCCGGAGGACCAGGGGCACCCGGCGCACCUCCCACGUCGCGCCCGGGACCGCCUCACCACCAGAUGGGACACCACCCUUCCACCAUGGACGGUAUGGAUCUUCUCGACCCGCUGUGCCCGUCGUCGCUGCCUGGCCCGCUGGGCGCCAUGCAGGGCCCUCCGUCCACGGACGGUGUGGGCCACCAGCUGCCGCCCCUGUACGGCAUGCAUGCCGGCGGCGCCGGGGGCGGCUUCCCCGGAUCGGCCGUGCACGACGCCGACUCGGACCCGCGCGAGCUGGAGGCGUUUGCCGAGCGCUUCAAGCAGCGGCGCAUCAAGCUUGGCGUCACGCAGGCCGAUGUGGGCCGCGCGCUAGCCAACCUCAAACUGCCCGGCGUGGGAUCGCUCUCGCAGAGCACCAUCUGCCGCUUCGAGUCCCUGACGCUGUCGCACAACAACAUGGUGGCGCUCAAGCCCAUCCUGGGGGCGUGGCUCGAGGCGGCCGAAGCGCAGGCCAAGAACAAGCGCACCGACCCGGACCUCCCGGGCGUGCUGCCGGCCGGUGAGAAGAAGCGCAAGCGCACCUCGAUCGCGGCGCCCGAGAAGCGCUCGCUCGAGGCCUACUUCGCCGUGCAACCGCGGCCGUCGGGCGAGAAGAUCGCCGCCAUCGCUGAGAAGCUGGACCUCAAGAAGAACGUGGUGCGCGUCUGGUUCUGCAACCAGCGCCAGAAGCAGAAGCGGAUGAAGUACUCGGCGGUGCAGCACUAGCGGCUCCGGUACGAGGCCGCGCGGCUCUCCACGAACGUGCAGUGGUGUGACUCGGCCGCGCCGCCAGCCGCGUUGCGUUGCACGCCCGCGCUGGAGAUGGCCUGCUUUGGUGGCCAGGUGCCGCUGGCAUCGGGCCACCAGGAGAACUGUCAGCAGAAUCAAAACGCCUUCUGAACGUAACCCGCGAUAAAGAUGAAACGCAAAGAAGUCGCUCGCAUGCCAUAUAGCCUUUAGGUCCGUGCAACAACUUGCGUUUUUGGGUUUUUAACUGAUUAUGCCCCUUUGUUCUUAUCGGUCUCGUGCAGACUCUUCUUCACCCCUCUCGUGAUCAACGCGAAUAAAUGGGCCCCGAUUUGUUGAAUCCCGUUCCCACGAAAAACAGCCUCUUGGCGCGAGCGUGCAAAAGUCUAUACGAUGGUGGAGCUCCGAGCCUUGGUGCUGAUACUCUGACAACUACUUAUUUGCCAAAGAUGAUCGUUUAAGUUCUUCACGAACACACUGUUAUUAGCACAGAAAGUGAGGGGGCUCACCGUUCUUUAUCAAAUAAUAUGGAACCUUCUCUCUAAAUGAUCAAAAAUUAUGUUCCCCUGAACCAUAUGAAGCAGCGAAUUACAUUAUUAGGCUAGCUCACCUUGUCAGAAGACAGCAUCCAGUCUCGCGUCUUUACUUGCGAUUGCCGACAGGCGCGUCACCUUUUAAACUAAGGGAAUUUAGAGGUUACGGUACGAAAUCGUUCUGCGGCAGCCAUCUCCAGUUGCUCCGCGGCGAGCGACAGCCGAACAAAAAAAGAAAGGGAAACACGCAACGCUGGCAACUACGGGACUUCACGCAGUGACUGACUGCAGCGUGUGUUCGUGACAGUGAAAUGGGACUUCUGGGCUGGAGCAACAGCGCUGAUACGGCGCAAAUACGUGCGCCUUCCUAGUCGAUCCAGCCGUGCACGGAGCUUUCUCUCAUCCUGUCGGCCGAAGCGUAUCCCGGGCCGUGAAGUGACAGCGCUUCUCCUUCCGCGCGGAGCGUCUCGACACGAGGCGGCGUCCGAGCCGUCGUUAUCAGAGCCGGCAGUGCGGCUGUCGUGCGCGACUGACUCUGACCUGACGCGCCCGUGACGUACUCGUGGCCCGACUCGGCUUCCCUGUCUGUCGUCCCAUUUCGCGAGAAAUUUCAGUGUUGCGACUGUGUGUUUCUACGCGUUAAAUAUAAUUUAACUUAUUAAAACGGAGUGCCGAAUGCGCCAGCCUUCUGGAGCCGCAGAAUUACCGAAGGGCCAUAUUUGAGGAAACAGCAGAGUAGCAGCACUGUCUGCAAGAGAGAGGAGGCCUCCGACAGUCAGCGUGAUGUGGGCACGGAAUUUGGCUUCGCAACGCGCGUAAGCCGCUGCGCUCCCAGCAACAAAUCGAAUGCCGCUAUUUCAUAACGUCCCAGCUGUAUCAUCGUUACACCGAUCUGUAUUCGGCCAAUGACUCAAAAAUUAGGAGGCGUUCAAUCUCUUCUAGAUGGUGCUUAGUAGUCUUCAAGAGGCUUGUUUUCUUAAUGCGGCUGCCCUCACGUCUCGCGAACCACACCGAAGCGAUCAGAGGUAGUGACUUGGCAUCAUUCCUGGGUUUUAGGAGAGGCUUCAGUUUGAUUUGCUCGGAGUCUAUUAUGGUAGCUGGAAAACUUAAACGCCCAAAAACUUCUUUAAUGAAAACGUUUGUCACAUCAUAGGUGGAAGUCCCACUUUAUUUAUUGGAAGCGUUAUUGAAAACGAUCAUGAUGUCUGCCCGUACUAUCGUAAUACCAGAAUGUUCUGAUUGGGCAUAACACAUGGUGAAAGAAAGGCAUUGUUUUGGGUAACUUUGCACUAUGCGUUUCUUAGCGUAAAGUGUUUCAGAACAUUCUUGUCGUUUGUGGAAAAAGAACAAGCUGUUCCGUCAACAAGUAGGCCGCAUUUUGUUCCCUGGUUGUUUGUAUCCUACUGGUCAAAUUGAUACACGGAAACACUGACACACACACGAAAAAAGGGGGGAAUAAAAACGUUUUCUAAAUAAAGCUUAGGGGAUGUGGUCUACAGAGCAUGUUCCGGUUACAGGCAAUCGUCCAGUCCUACGUCGCCAAGCUUACACGCUUUUCCAACCAGAUAUAUCUCCCUGAACUUGUUAGAUAUCGUUUUAUUUUUCGUUUUAUUUUUUCCAGUGUGACGACAACGAGUGAUUAGUACUGCAAUUGCACGAAGUUUCAAGGUCGGUGGAGUGGCGCGAAUGAGCUGUAAGAUUGCCUGGCGGUGAGUGAGUGGCCGCGGUUCUUUUGGGGUAAGAAAUCGUCAAAUAAAACCAAGAGAUGUCAGAACACAUAUCAGCAACGAUGUAGCUAGGCUUUCAGAAGAUGUGAGCGCGCAUGUGCGUAGAACACGGGCGAAACGAUAGAGCAGGUUUGACCCGAAAACAGUUGAGGAUGACAAGCGACCAUGCUGCGUAGGCUCGCGCCGGGGAAAACGAGAUGAUAGCCAAAGCUCGUGUCGAUCACGAAGCAUCCCUGUGCAAGCCUGCACGAACUACUUAGAGAGUGCUCAAGGUGUAACGGCAGCUGUUGUUAGGUGGUGUGGCAGUAUCUUACGUGCAGCUUACGCGGAAAGUAAGAAAACUCAUUCCGCUACAGAUGUCACACGCAUAGUUUCAACGGCAGUUCAUGUCGCAACUCGGUCUAUGCCAUAUCGUGAAGGAUAGAAUGCCGAGCCAGUUGGCAUUUCUCGCUGACGACAAAACUCAGUGUCACACGAAAGAAACAAGGAGGCAGCGACGAAGGUUUUUGUCGCGGGUUCGAAAUCUACGCCGUUGCCUCCGUUUGCAUCUCGUAGUUCGCGAAGCUGAAAAGUCACCACGCCUGCACGUAAUUCUUCGCCAGGGAGCAACACAGGAACGCGUCAUGCUGUACAUGCUGAUCAACGCAUAGCCUCCAAAAGCCGCUCAGGCUGUUCGUGUGACAAUGCUAAAACUAUUGUUCUCAUUAUCACUGCCCUGCGCCAAAGAAGCCUACAGAAGAGGCCGCAAAUAGGGGACUAUAGUGUCGCGGUCACGCUGGGAGCAAGUGGCACAAACGAUUCCGUAAGGCUUGCUUAAUCCGACUUCAGGGCCACAAUUCGCAAAGCUACUCAUGCGUAAAAUGACAUUUUGGUUGACUGUCGGCCAGACGGUUCUUUUCUUUUUUUUUUUUUACGUUAUAACGAGACACCGCAGUCCGAUUAUGGUCAGCCCCCCGUGGCGGUAGAACGUUUAAUUGGUGUCACUUACGGACGCCUUCAUAAUCGCGAGUUCUUGUAUUCUAAACCACAGAACUACUUUCGCAUAACAGCACUUCGUCACAGGUAAAAACCACGAGUGUUGGUCAAUCGCGAUAGCCGAAUUCGCGGUAGUGGAGGCACCGUCCAAUCACGAAUUGUACUUGCGUAAGGGAAGACUAGAUUGUGGAAAUCUAUACAAAAGUACUGGCGGGCAGACCUCACGAGGAUUAUGCGAACGAGGGACGAACGAUCUUUUUUUCGGUUGAAAUCUCCUUACAUGACAACAUCCGCGAUUAACUGCAUAAACGCCAGCAGGCGCAUGAGCUCGCCACGUUAUCGGAGGAGAAAAAUUGAGCGACGGAGAGGGUUCUUAGGAAAACGUACGUGGAGAGCGUGUGAAAGUAUGAAAUCGCCAAAGAAUCCAGAACUUUGUAACGCGUCGAAGGGUCGUCACCACGAUAAGUGUGCCCUCACCGCGACGUUUUAACUAAAGGACUCGUACUUGUGGCUCGCGUUCAUAGUUCCUUUUGAAGGCGUUAUUGCUGUGCUGCGUUCGAUGUACUUGCCGUUUGACUGCUGGGUGCGUGGUAAAGGUUCCUCAGCGCUGGGAAAUAUUGGCCCUUUCUUUUCUGCUUAGAUCAAUGUUCACGAUGGCCCAAAAGCCAGCGGAAGCGAAAUAAACGUUCAAAUACUUUAGGACGUAUGGACGGAACUCUAUAGUUCUGAUCUCGAAGUGUGGUAUAUUUGCUGUUGAUUCAGUGCACAUCCUGCGAUCGUCUAACAGCCAAGCAUUGUUUCGCGCGCGUUUGUAAUGCAAAACAGCGCGAAGGGCGCGCCUAACUAAAAGCCAGCCAGCCAACCUAUCUUUAUAAAGGGCGGUGUGCCCAAGAACUGUUCAGAAGUGUCACGUGUCAUAGUUCCGUUUGUUGAUUUCUUUGCGCAAUGGAUUGCCCAGCUUGUAUAAUUUUCGGUGGGAUGUAAAUAUUUCGGGGGGAAGUAAACACCACUGUGAAGCUCAUUAAAUGUGUUUCAAUACCUGUGAA